AUGGUUGCAUUCAAAUGUGCAACUUUGGAAGAAAUUGCAUCAGAAAUGCAAUCGCAAGAAAUAUCCUUGGACAAGGAAUUCAACGAUCGUUUCUUGUCGGCCACAAUCGACCAGGUUAAAGGCUCAUUCAAUGCAUUUAUGAGCAAUCGUCGAGAUCGUUUGAUGGGACAAAUAUCUGUAGCAACAGACGAAUCGAUUUUUGUGCCGAUGAAAUUGAUUGUGAAAGCUUGUGAUUCAACCGUAACUGAAUCACUCGGAAUCACCAAGCCGAAUGAAACACUUGUGCCAGCUGUAGAGCAUGGAUAUUUAGACAAUUUUAAGGGUGAAUCGUCAAAACGUCCAGCAAAAAAACAGAAGAGAUUUGUUAAAGCGAAUCCUGUUUGUUAUUCGAGCUCUCCUUCCUGUUUCGGCAUGGAACACAAAUGCCCUAUUUGCUUCAAGCAAUUCGUAACAAUGCUCGCAUUGUGGGUGCAUCAACAAGAGACUCAACAUUACUUGAAUAUGGUUCAGAACACGUGCGAGCAUCUGCGGCCAUUGAAACUCUUCGAGCUCAGCCCGAGUGAUGAUGAAUUGAUGCUACGACCACGGAAACUACCUCCCGGUUCUAUGCGAGUGAAGCCGAUCAAAUGCAAAUUUUGCCCUCGAGAAUUCACACAGAAAACUUUCCUGAAGAAACACGAAGAGAAACAUCAAGCUCAAAACGACACGCAACUAAUCACCACGACAAAAGGUCGACCAACUUGUUUCAAAUGCACCGUUUGUUCGAAACAAUUCAGCAAGAAACUGUUAUUCGUCCAACACCAACAAACGCAUGUCAAGGCAGAAUUUAGUUCGAGAAAAUAG